AUGGAAAUAUCGUUGCUGAAGUCACUUCUCGACAACUUCACUAGUUUUUUUCAGUUGGCGUCUUGUGAAGGCAUAAAAUAUGAACCGGCUGAGAAAUAUCAUCAAAAGAUUGAAGAAAGAUUAAAGUUGCUAAAGCCGAUACUUGAUGCCUUUGUUGAUACUGAAAUUGCUUCAGAUGAAAUGCUUCAUAAAGCAUUAGCCGGACUCUACCAAUCUGUUGGCGAGUUGAGAGAGAUAUUUGAAAAAUGGCAACCUCUGAUGAGUAAAGUUUAUUUUGUUUUACAAGUUGAAUCUCUAAUGACAAAGAUCGAAACUUACUGUUUGGAAAUUCCUGAGUUGCUGAAAUCUUCUGAUCAAUUCUUAGCUGCUGAACUGAGUGCUGCAUCUCUCAAGCACCGUGUAGAGAAAAUUAAGCAUAUGGGACAUGAAGGAUCAUCAUCGAUAAUCAUGAAAGCAAUUAAGGAUCACAUGGAUGGCGCUGGAGCCAGCUCAGAGAGCCUGGCAGUACUUGCUGAUAUCUUGAGCUUAAAGUCAAAUCAGGAAGUUCUGAUAGAGGCUGUGGCCCUUGAGAAAUUGAAAGAAACUGCUGAACAUGCUGGAAAACGUGGUGAAAUUGAACAUAUUGAUCAUAUGAUUGCUCUGAUUACCCAGAUGCACGAACACCUCGUUAUGGUGAAACUUUCCCAGACCUGUAACCCAGUACCAAUACCUGCCUAUUUCAUUUGCCCUCUCUCACUUGAACUCAUGGUCGACCCUGUAAUUAUUGCAUCUGGACAAACUUAUGAGCGGGCUUUUAUUCAGAAGUGGAUUGAUCUUGGGUUUACUGUUUGCCCAAAGACACGGCAAGCCCUAUCUCACACCAGUCUUACUCCUAAUAAUAUUGUGAAGGGAGUGAUUGCAAAUUGGCAUGAGUCAAACAAUAUAAAGCUGCCAGGUCCCAAAAAUUAUAGUGUGGCCAGGAGGGCCAAUCAUUCUACCGCACCUGAUCCAACCGUGUCUUUGAGUUCUCCAUUGAAGAGUUCAAUCUCAUCUAAUGGAUUCCUGCGAGAAGUUUCAUCUGCAUCUCAUCCUCGUUCAUUGUCAGAUAAUUCUUUAUUGGGAGCUGCCGUAAAUGAGAACGAUGCUUUGGACAUUGGAAGAAUAUCCAUGGGAUGUUGUGAGGACAUAACAGAUCACUCAGGAGAGAGGAGUUUGAACACAGGAGAUAAACUCUCAAGGUCACCAUCUAGAGAGAGCAACGGUCAUGGUGAGGAACUGUCGUUUUGUGGCAUGAUCAGUUUAUCCGCCUGCAGCCUAUCUAAUUUUAAUUCAUCGCACGGAACACCUGGCGAUGGCAAUGACGUGGCAUUACAGGAUUCAGCCUACUGUAGUGAUGCUUCUGGAGAGCUUAUUUCAGAGCCCCAACCUGCUGCUAACUUGGAAGCCCCACCAAGUGAGCCCGACUUAUCAUCUCGGCUCGAGACAGGAUCUCAUUGCCAAACAAUUGUGGCCGAGGCGUUAAAGAAAUUUAUUCCAAGUGUAGUUUCUUCUCCUGCAGUUGAAUUGAGGACUGAUUUUCUGGAAGUUGAAGCUCAAGUUAUGAAGCUGGUUGAAGACUUGAAGAAUACUUCCCUUGAUGCACAGAAAAAUGCUACAGCUGAACUUCGGUUACUUGCUAAGCAUGAUACAGAUAAUCGGAUUUUAAUUGCUAAUUCUGGAGCUAUCAGCUUGUUGGUAAAUCUACUGCGUUCCACAGACUCACUUGUACAGGAAAACGCCGUUACUGCUCUCCUCAACCUAUCACUUAAUGUUAAAAACAAGGCUGCAAUUGCAAAUGCUGAUGCAAUUGAACCCCUGAUUCAUGUUCUUGAGACAGGGAGCGUAGAAGCUAAGCAGAACUCUGCAGCAACCCUUUUUAGUCUCUCGGAGAUUGAAGAAAAUAAAAUCAAGAUUGGCAGGUCUAGGGCAAUUAAACCCCUAGUUGAUUUACUUGGAAAUGGAACUCCAGGGGGAAGGAAAGAUGCUCUGAAAGCUCUUUUGAACUUGUCAAAAUAUCACCAGAACCAAAUCCGAAUUGUGCAGGCAGGUGCAGUUAAGUAUCUUAUAGAGUUGAUUGAUCCUGCAGUAGGGAUGGUUGAUAAGGCAGUCGCCCUUUUGUCUAAUCUUGCAAAUACUUACGAGGGGAGAAUGAGAAUUGGCCAGGACGGGGGAAUUCCUGUCAUAGUCGAAGUUGUUGAGCUGGGAUCUGCUAGAGCUAAGGAGAAUGCAGCUGCUUCUCUCCUGCAGUUAUGCACUAAGAGUGGUAGAUAUUGCAAAGAGGCUCUCUUGGAAGGAGCUAUUCCCCCACUCGUGGCGUUGUCGCUGUCCGGGACGAUAAGAGCCAAAGAAAAGGCUCAGGCACUUCUUAACUACUUUAGAACCCAGCGACGCAGCCUUUAG